AGGUAGCUUGUUGUUCAUCUCGCUUGCCCCGCCCGUAGAUGGGUUGUAUUCGGAUGAAGAUACUCGAUGGAGGAAAGUAGGAGUUUCUUUUUCGUUUCCCUUUACUUUUCUUUUCUUUUUCUUUAUUUUUUUCCUGGAUGAAUAGGAAUUAUCUAUGCUUGUGUGUAGUGGUUUUAUUAUUGGUCUGUUGUAUAAAUUGGCUGGUGUUGAUGAUAGUAGUAGUUAAGUUUAAUCCGUUGUUUCAUGUGGUUGUAGUGACCGACCUUGGCUUUCAUACACUAAGGACUAGGUAUCGGUAUUACUACGUCGGUGGUAUAUAUUUUAUCCACCCUACAUGCAAAAGGACAUGGAUACCACUUAAUCAUAUAAAAUGUUCUUGAAGAAUCUCUUACACAUAGAAACAUCCAAUCGCCUAUUA